UGGAACAACUUGCCACUGGGCUCUUUUAUUCCAGACACAUUAAAUUAUCCUGUCGUGCAUUGCUUGGCUGUCACGAGUUGCUCCGCCCGAACAACAGUUGUUCUCAUUCCCACGCACCGCCGGAAUCAGUGUCUAUCUGCGAAGCCCUCACAAGUGCUUUCGUGGUGCUGUUGCUCUUCCCGCUUCCCACCCUCCGUUCCCUCCGUUCGACUCAGGCUGCUCAGCCAGAAAACAAGCCCCACACUGCUGCGGACUCGAUUUCUUUGCUGAUGAGGUAACAUCUCCGACAGCUUCGACGUCAAUGGCGUAAGCCAGCCCCUUCGCUCGACGACCCAACCCAUCAUGGCCGACUUCCAACCCGAUCCCUUUCCGGUCGCGGACCCGGUCCGCUUCCCCAACACGCGACGCCGCGCGUCUGGCUCGGCCAUGAACGGCUCGACGUCCCGCUCAGGUCCGGCCGACAUGCCAUUGGCCUCGGAACCAGACACCUGCCGCAUAUGCAGGGGCGAGGGCUCGCCCGACGAGCCGCUCUUCUACCCAUGCAAAUGCAGCGGCAGCAUCAAGUACGUGCACCAGGACUGCCUGAUGGAGUGGCUGUCACACUCGCAAAAGAAGCACUGCGAGCUGUGCAAGACAUCCUUCCGCUUCACCAAGCUCUACGAUCCGAACAUGCCCAAAGCCCUGCCGCCUCACAUCUUCCUCCGGCACACGACUAAGUACCUGAUCCGGAACAUACUCGUCUGGCUGAGGGCCGCGUUGGUGGUGAGCGUGUGGCUGGGCUGGCUGCCGUAUCUGAUGCGCUCCGUCUGGUCGUUCCUGUUCUGGAUCAGCGACGAGGGGCUCGGCAGCCGGCCAGCCGCCUUCGGACCGAGCGGAUCAACCGCUGACGGGAUCGGCGUGCUGUCCGGCACCAACGUGUGCCCCUCAAGCCCGCUCUUCGCGGCGACCACGACCGUCGCGACAAUCGGGGGCGUCCUGGACAGCCUUCCGCCAGAGUCGGCCAAGCUCGUGCGUGGCUUGUACGGCAUCAACCUAACCUCGAGCGACCCCAUUUACUCCACCAUCCUGCGGCUCCUGUUCGGCACCGUCGGUUUGACCGAGAAGCCUGGCGCCGUGGCCGCGAAUGCCAGCCAGGCGCUCACCAGGCUGGCGUCGAACUCGACGAUCCCGACCCGCCCCUCGCUGUUUAGUGAGGUUGACUUCCUCCGAAACCUUACCAGGCAUCCCUCCAUCAACCGCGUCGUCAUCGCCGUCUUAGAGGGCCAAUUCAUCACCGUGCUAGUCAUAGUAAGCUUCAUCCUCAUCAUCUUGGUCCGGGACUACGUUGUGCAACAGCAGCCCGAGAUCAACAUGCGCGCCGCCUUUGCCGCCAUCCAAGACCAGCCACAGCCACAGCCGCAGCCAGCUCCGGCACAAGCAGGCCCGGCUGAGGAAAGACCGGCGGAAGCAGUCCCGGAGCCGGCUGAAGCAGAAAUAGCCGAAGAAGCCGAAGAGGGGUCCCAGUACGAAGGAUUGGCGGCUGAAUACGAUACGGACGAUGAAGCGAGCGAGCCAGAAGACCUGGGUAACCCCUCGGCUUCGUACUACCGCGAACUGGAGCCCAUCGCUGGCGAGUCCUCGACAGCAGCGGGCCGCCACAGUCAGGAACGAGAGGCAGACCUGAGGCAGCAGAUCGCGCAGGAAAUCGAUAGAAGAGCGACGGAGCGCUUGACAGACGAUGCUAGGUCAACGGUCAAUGAGUAUCUCGACAUCUAUCGCGAGGCAGGCGGCGAUCCGGCGCAGAUCCUUGAGAUCGCGAGAGAGCGGCGCUUGGAAGAAAGGCUGGAUUACUGGAUGCGGCUGACCAGGUCGAUGAUGAUCCGACAGCAGCAGGCCGAGGCUGCUGAGGACCAGGCAGGAACUGCGGCAGGGCCUUCGGACACAGCAUUCGCGGGCGAGGAAUGGGAACAGCGCGGGAUCUUCGAGGAUAGUGCCGAGCCGGCGGCGGCCGCGGUGGAGGAUAUGAUAUUCGUCGAUUCGUCGUCUGGGCCAUCCGGCUUUGCAGACCAUGGAGAAGAUGGCUCCAUCUCACAGGGAAAAGGAAAGGCCAAGCUUGACGAGGUUGAGGCGGCCGAGAGCUUCCCCGUUCCCGGCCCCCUGCGGCCGAGGGCGAACACGGAUGGCCCUCAGAUCAGCGGUGGAAUUAACCCAUUGGCCAAUAACAGCUGGUCAUUCACCGACCUUCCACCCCCGGGAUGGGAAGAACCCGCGGCGAGCGGUGAUUCAGUGACUCCGAAGUACAAUACAGCUACUACACAGACUGACGAACCGUGGGAUGGCUCGUAUGGUUCCCAAGCUACAGACCGGGCCGAGGCGGGAACAGACGUCCCGGACGGACCCGUCCAGGGCCCCCUCCAGGCGCACGAGAUUGGCCCUGUCCACGCGGAAGCGCCGCCCCGCCGCGAGCCGGCGGGCCUUGCUGACAGGAUCGCCGACUUCAUGUGGCGCGACGUGGACAACAUCGGGCCCAACAACCUAGGUCCCGUCAACUUCUUCUGGGACUUCCCGGAAAUCCCCGCUGACGAAGACGACCACGAGAACGUUCCGGGCAACCAGGCAGAAGGAGACCACGAAGCCGCCGAGGCGGCGGCGGCGGCGGCAGCGUUGGACGCGGAGGCCAUCGAGGACGCCGAAGACAUCGAAGGCAUCCUCGAGCUCCUCGGUAUGCGCGGCCCGAUUGUGGCCCUGUUUCAGAACGCCAUAUUCUGCGCCUUCCUCGUGUCCAUCACCAUCUUUCUCGGCAUCUUUGCGCCAUACAAUCUGGGCCGUGUCGCCAUCUGGGCGGUGGCAAACCCUAUGCAACUCGUACGGAUGCAGUUCAGCGCGUUCAAGUUCAUCCAGGACUGCGGCGUGCUCGUAUUAGGCGUCACAUCGUCAACGGUAUCAGAAUCUAUCCAUGCCCUGGGCCGCGUCUUGGGGCUGGCAUCUGUUGCCAACUAUACGCGGGUAUUCUCGAACGCGUCUUGGGACAUGGCCGCCAGCGCAGCAAACAGGAUCGCCGGCGGCUUCGCUGAACUGCCGCCUAUCUUCCCGUCGGACGUGCGCAACUUCUCUGUCAUCAGCCACGAGGCACUGCACACGAUCAAGGCCCACGUCGCCACGGGGUGUUCAAUGCUAUUCGGCGUUCUUGUGUCUCUGUCCGGCGGUGAGUUCAUCGCCAAGUCUAGCGAGGCCCUCGCCGCGGCCGCCAGCGUCGUAGCGUUAGCGUGGGGCGCUUUGAAGGCCUUCUCGACGGCCAUCAUCAACCCGAGCUCUUGGGUCAUCAACCUCGGCGUGCCAGAGCCCACGGGCACCAUCAACGCGGAGCUUGCCUACUGGGGCGGCAUGGACAGGUUCUGGGCGAUCCUGUCGGGCUACGUGACCUUGUCCCUCGUGGCGGGCCUUUACCUGCGUCGCGGGAUCCCCUUCUCCAACAACCAGGCGGCGCAGCAGUGGGAGGCGUCCCUCAUCGACGGACUCAAGCAGGCCAGCGGGGUCAUGAAGGUCAUCCUGAUCAUCAGCAUCGAGAUGCUUGUGUUCCCGCUGUACUGCGGCAUGCUGCUCGACCUCGCGACGCUUCCGCUGUUUGAGGACACGACGCUCAAAUCACGGCUGGUCUUCGCCGUCAACUACCCCGUCACCUCCGUGUUCGUCCACUGGUUCGUCGGCACCGCCUACAUGUUCCACUUUGCGCUCUUCGUGUCCAUGUGCCGCAAGGUUUUCCGCAAGGGCGUCCUGUACUUCAUCCGCGACCCGGACGACCCGGAGUUCCAUCCCGUCCGCGACGUGCUCGAGCGCAGGGUGACGACCCAGCUGCGCAAGAUCGCCUUCUCGGCCCUCGUCUACGGCGCCCUGGUCAUAGUCUGCCUCGGCGGCGUCGUCUGGGGCUUGUCGCUGAUCCUGCCGAGCGUCUUGCCCAUCCACUACUCGUCCAACGAGCCCGUCCUCGAGUUCCCCGUCGACUUGCUAUUCUACAAUUUCGUCAUGCCCCUGGCGGUCCGGUUCUUCCGGCCGAGCGACGGCCUGCACGCCAUGUACACAUGGUGGUUCAUGAGGUGUGCGCGCGCUCUGCGCCUGACAUGGUUCCUCUUCGGACGUCGCGAAGUCGACGAGGAGGGCCGGCUCGUGCUGAAGCCCGACUCGCCCGACCGUAACCUGCCGUUCUGGAGGCGGUGGUUCCUCGAGAUCAAUGUAGAGGACCCGGAUUCCCCCGUGGUCGUGGCGCGGUCGUGGCGCGAGAUCUUACUGAGCCGCACAAACAAGCCGCCCCUGCUCACUGGGAAGAAAGAGCCUGGAACGGGAUCCAACCGCAACUUGAAGCAGCUCCUGAUUGUAUCCGGGCAGAUCAAACCAGAUGGACGGUGGGUCCGCGCCCCCGCUUCCGACCAGGUCAGGAUUCCCAGGGGCGCGAAGGUCUUUCUCCAAGUGAGCGGAAAGAAUAAGCGACUUGACGGGCUUCCGGACGAGCCGGAGACGGACAUCUACUCGACCAAGCAGUACGAGCAGGUCUACCUGCCGCCGCACUUCCGCGCCCGCAUCUUCCUCUUCAUCCUGUUUAUCUGGCUCUUUGCCGCCGUCACGGGCGUCGGCAUCACCAUCGUGCCGCUGGCCUUUGGCCGGUGGAUGUUCCGGCAGCUGAUCCCGGCCGACAUCCGCACCAACGAUGUGUACGCCUUCAGCAUUGGGAUUCACAUUCUCGGCUCGGCAGCGUACGCCGUCUUCCACGCAAGGUCUAUCUACGACUCUCUGAAGCGGGUGGUGAAAUCUGUGGAGAGCGCUCUCCGGCACGGCGCCGUCCAGCUCGUUGUGGGCUGUGUCUUGCGCGCCACACGGGUGGUCUACACGUACUUCUUCGUCCUGGUAGUCUUCCCGCUACUCGCCGCGUCGCUGCUGGAACUCUACGCGCUGGUCCCGCUCCACGAGAUGCGGUACAGCGCCCUGCUCCGGCCGGGCGCCGCAGAGUCACUGGCUGCAUCGGGGGGCGUCAACAAGGAGCUGAACCCGGCGCACACGAUCCGCAUCGUGCAGACGUGGACCAUCGGCCUGCUCUUCCUGCGCCUAGGCCUGCGCAUCGUCAACACCUGGUUCGAAGGGUCGCACGUCGCGAACGCGACCCGAGCGGUGGUCCGCCACGGCUGGCUGAGGCCGGACGUCUCCAUCUUCACCCGCGCGUUUGUGAUCCCGGGGCUGGCCGUCUGGCUGACGGCCGUGACGGCGCCCAUGCUGCUCGCCCGGGCGAUGGUGGCCGACGGCGCGGUUGAGGCGCUCAUGCACGAGUUCGGUGCCCCUCUGAUCGGGAAGGUGCCCGACCAGACCCUGUACGACGCCUACCUGGUGCUGGUGCACCGCCUGAGCUUUCCGGCCAUGACGCUGCUGUGCUUCCUGGGGUGCGCCGUGUGGAGCGCCGUGGGCGUGUUCCGCGGCUGGCAGGUGCGCAUCCGCGACGAGGCGUACCUGAUUGGCGAGCGGCUCCACAACUUUGGCGGAUCGGCGAAUACUAGUGGUGGUGGUGGGCAACGGUGGAGAGCGGGUGGGACGCGGAUAUAAAACUGGAAGGGCUUUGAGAAAUUGAGAAUAGAGAGUUUUGUUUUGCCUUGUCUUGCGUUGUGUGUCGAGACGUAUUUAUCUUUUUGGGUCUGAGCGUUCGCCCUUCAUGCCGAUCCUCCUCUCUCUCUCUCUCUGUUUCUGUCUCUCUCCCUUCCUUUUCUCAAUCAUACUGAUUGGCGUUAUAUGGGCAAGGGGGGUUGAGCAAGGGUGGGCAAGGGGGCAAAGGCGUACACGUGUACUGAGUGGUUGGUUGGAUGGUGGCUAACUAUUGCGCGUUGAAACUUGGGGGGGCUGGCUUUGUUUGAAAGCAUAUGUGUCUUGCUUUGCUACCGAUCGAUCGAUGUAUGUUUUAAUGUCUUGAAUAGGUACCAGGUAGUAACCAUUACGCAAAAACAAUGGAGGCAACUCCGGUACACUAGCGG